UGGUGCUGGUGGUGCUGGUGCUGGUGGUGGUGCUGGUGGUGGUGGUGCUGGUGGUGGUGCUGGUGGUGCUGGUGGUGGUGGUGCUGGUGGAUUCUGGUUUUGGGGGGCCUGAGCUGGUGGUGGUGCUGGUGGUGCUGGUGCUGGUGGUGUUGGUGGUGCUGGUAGUGGUGGUGCUGGUGGUGCUGGUGCUGGUGGUGGUGCUGGUGCUGGUGGUGGUGCUGGUGGUGCUGCUGGUGGUGGUGCUGCUGGUGGUGCUGGUGGUGCUGGUGCUGGCCGGGCCAACCCACCGACCCUCGUGUGCCACAGUGGGGGCCUUCAUAGCUGCUGCUGCUACUCGCUAACAGCUUGUUAGGGCUACACGGGGGGUGGAUCUUUGUUGUUGUGGGUCUCAAGUGGUGGUGGUGCAUCUGCCAGCCAUCUCACGCCAGUCGACCCGUGGCAAUUGCCGGGUUGUCUGUUCCGUGACCUCCUCUGCCAGCGCGGGCCGAGCCCUCGGCACUUGACGCGGCCUCAAAGUGCACCUAGCCUGGCGCAAAACGCCCGCGGUGGAGUGUCUCGAUCGCACGCAUCUUGUCGCUCCCCUCGUCACCGCCGCGUCUGGAACACGCACCGUGGUUUGCCGACUUGAAGCAACUCUUACGGUGGCUUAUCACAUGGAAUUUGCUUUCUUCAAACGCAUAUUUGGAAGCUGGCACUGAGAUGUUUCAAGGCGUAACAGUGAAGCGUGAAGACGAUGCUGGUGAGAUGCCUCGGUUUUCUUCCCUGAGCCACCGUGGGUAUUACCACAAUAAAUGUAAUCUUUUACGGGAUUUUGGUAAGUCUUUCCAUGCUGCAUUGUUGGUUCAUCAAUUCAACAAUCAAUGCCAAGCCGUAGUAGAAAUCCACUGGUCACUUGGAUUCAUCUCUCGGCGCAGCAGUUUUAACAACAGUGCACGUUUUUUAAAUCCCCUCGACUUUGCCUACCCAGCAGUAUAAAUGGGUACAAUCACAGUGAUUCAUGUGGUCCUCCCGAGAUAUCCGGCCAGUGUGGCAGAGAAGACCAAAAUACCCCCUCAAAGGGGUCCUCAGGAGCUCGCUCUAAUGUUGGCCCUUUCACCAGCGGUGAUGUGAGCAAGCAAUGGCAAAGCUGCACUUUUACAUUUUACCUUUUUAGUAGUAAGAUAACUUUAUUUUAACCCAGGUGACAACAUGUUUUUCAAGGCACAGCUCGGUUUUAAAGUAACCGAGCACAGUGAUAACACGUAAAAGUAUACAAGAUUUAGAUGUUAAGGAAAAGCAAACAACCUUAAAUUCCUGGGCAUGGCCCAAGAGUAAAUACAUCAGUUGUACACUCCACAACUACCAAAUUCACUCAAAAUGCGCCCAAUAUAGUUAUAACGUAGGGUUGACCCAGAAUAGCACUUGGAUGGAUGACCACCAUGCAUAAAACAUGCAUCAGACUGCUGCGGAACGACAUUGCCAUCAUAGGCGAGUGCAGCAGAGAGGAAUUGACGGGAUGAGUGCAUGUUUAGCAAGUCGAUGGGUUAUUGCAUCACGAGACCCCGAGUGAAUGGCGAUGACUUGGGAGUCAUUCAUGUAGCAGUGGAUGAAGCAUGCAUGAUCAGGAUCGUGAUGAUGUGUGCUGUUAUUGCCCAAGUGCUGCCAUGCAAGCAAGAUGUUGACGACAACCCCAGCUCUGGGAUUGUGCAAGUAGUGGUGGUGAAGGAUGAAGAGAUAACCACAGAUGAAGAGGAAGAAACUGAAACACGACCCCUGUGCAGGGAGUGCGGGAAGGACGAUGUGAAACGCUUCAAAACGAAGACCUAUCGAGUUAAAUUUGCCGGCCAGACGCUGCAAGCUUGCACGCAAUGUGGGAAGACACUUAAAGACACCACGUCAUGCAUCAAUAGGCAGUCGAAGAAGACAAACACUGGAGAGACGCGACGCUUCCGUGCAUCGAGCAGGAAGGUUUCCGCACCGGUUGAGAAGUUGGGAACGCAUGAGUUUACGAACGCGACCGACGUGAGGAUGCACUCGUGCAAAAAGUGUGGGAAGGUAUUUUCAAACAACUCGAAUUUAGUGAGGCACGCCGUGGCGCACGGUGGCAAGCAUCCGCAUGUAUGCAAGGAGUGUGGAAAGGGGUUUUUGUAUCACUAUCGAUUAAAGGCACAUUCCAGAAUACACACUGGUGAGUGGCCGCACGUGUGCAAGCAGUGUGGGAAGGGGUUUUCUCGUAUCGCCGAUUUAGAGAGGCACUCCAAAACACACACUGGUGAAAAGACACACGUUUGCAAGGACUGUGGGAAGGCGUUUGUACGGUAUUCCAAUUUCCAGAGGCACUCUAUAAUGCACACUGACGUGAAGCCAUGCAUUUGCAAGGACUGUGGAAAGGCAUUUCCACACAGUUAUGGUUUAAAGAUGCACUCUAAAGUGCACAUCGGUGCACGCCCAUACAUAUGCAAGGAUUGUGGGAAGCAAUUUUUCCAGCGUUAUCUUUUAGAAAGACACUCCAGAACUCAUACGGGUGAAAAGCCGUACGUGUGCAAGAUGUGCGGAAUUAGAUUUUCACAGCGCUACAGUUUAAAUACGCACUCUCUAGUCCACUCGGGCAAGUGGCCACACGUGUGUCAGGAGUGCGGGAAGGGCUUCUUGCAGCUUUGUAUUUUAGAGAGACACUCGAGAACGCACGCUGGCCUUAAGCCAUACGUGUGCAAGGAUUGCGGGAAGGAGUUUUCGCGGUGCGAUUCUUUAAAGAGGCACUAUAAAGCACACAUCGGUGACUAAAUAUAUUUAAAUCCUUGAAUGUUUUCAUUGAAUAAAGUCCACGGUUCGGAGCAAUGAAAGUGGAUAGACGUGAUGAAUUUCAAAGGGGCGUUAAUUUUUUUUGACAAUAAAAUGUUUCCAUAUUUGGUGUUCCUGAAAUGGUCACUCUGAUUUUCGCUCAUUGUGUAGAUCAUUACUUGAUAGCCGGCUUAAUCUUUCUCACGAAUCACGAGUACAUAUUUAAUGAUUUAUCAUUGUUGUAAUGAUCUGAUCCUGAGCUUGUGUAGCACGUUUCAGCGAGGUACAACUUGAACUGUUGGCUCAAUUACUAAGCUUGUGAAAGUGUUGGCAAAUUACAUUUCCCAGAACAAAAGGCACUAUAGAUAAUUCCACGGUGACAGGAGACUAAGACCACUUGACCAUGGCCGUGAUAAGAGACAUGUGCAUGCAUGCGUUUUGUGUUCCCGACAAGUUGUAUCCGGCUUGACAAAAGCACUGGUAUAACAUCACUGCCUCUUGGCCAAAAACAGUGGCUGUGGUACGGGUGGCAAUAUAUUGUUGUAUUCAAACAAUUGUUGCAUUCAAAUGUCUGUGAAAUUAAAAUUGGA